AUGGAUCCGCCGUCCAAGAAGCGAAGCCUCUUCGGCUUAGGCUUUACCUCUUCAAUUUUCCGCAGCUCUCCCGCCCCCACAGAUAAUCGGGAUGCUAAGGCCGAUGCAUCCACGACACCUGCGGCGCCCGCACCCGCACACGCGCAUCGCGAAGUCCACACGACCUCCGGGCCGCACAGCCCGAUGAAGCGCGCAUCCGAGUCGCAACUUGCAUCUCGCAAGAUCAUCGGCAGGCCGCAAGGUCCAUCAAGCAAGCUCUCACAGAGUAUCUCUGCGUCGGAAAUUCCACACCGGCCGCCCAGGCGGAUGCCGGGCGACAACCCCAACAAGCCGCCGCCUUCCAUGUCUGCGUCGGUAGCGUCGCACCCGCCGUCCAAUAUCAUCCCGAAAUCGACGAGCUUCUCUGGAAUUACCUCGACGCCCCGUAAUCUUUUCCGCUCCUCGGCUUUGUAUGGGCGGCCAGGGGCGUCGACCUUCGCCCCUCGCCUGCCCCCCAAUACCCUGAAUCAGAGCUUCCCGCCCACAACGCCCGGGAAACCGCCUCGGGGGUCGACGCCGGAUGUUAAUGGUCGCAUUCUUGCCAACACGACGUCUACCGAGCUGUUCAAGAUGAGGAUCCCGUCUCCGCCUCGCCAUCUCACUGGCGAGAUGUUGGCCAGAGAGGUUCCUGAUGAUCCGAACCGGUCUGGCUCCAUCUAUGCCGACGAAUUCCUUGCGCAUUACUGCCCGCCCGACUUGGAUGAACACCAGAGGCGCCAGUUCUUCUGCAUCCUGGACCUGCGACGGCUGAAAUAUGCUGCGGACGAAGUGUUCACCAAGAAGGACUGGAAGAUCAACAUUUUGAAUUUCGCAAAGGAGUACGAGAAGAGUCGCAGUCUGAUUAUGUUGCGGUAUGGCCUUUACGAGUUUAAGACGAUCAGGGCGUCGGAGGCAGUGAAGAAGGAGUGGAAGCAAAAGCAUGGCAUUCCCCUCUCUGACGACGAGUGCGACGUUGUCCCCAAGACAAACGGAACGUCCAAGAGGAAGGCUGAGGAAGAGCUCACGCCGAACAGCAACACGCUCAUGGCAUCGGUUUCAGGCGCUAAUAAACGUGUCCGCGCCCCGGAAAGCUCAGCUAGGAACAAGCGCAAGGCGGACGAGGAGCUCGAUGAAAACCAGCCGGCGAAGCUUCAGAAGCCCGCCCCCGCACCCUCUGCCACCAAGUCCUUCUUCGAAAGCAUUGCCAACAAUGCCCAGUCCGCCGCUGCCACGAAACCCGUUGGCAAGAGCCUGUUGGCUCCAGGAACAGGCCCGACGCCCAAUGGUGCCGUUGGCCGAUCGCUCUUCGAUACUGCCCCCAAGCCUGCCGCUGCUACUAGCAACAUCUUUGGCCACCUAUCUGACGGAAGCAAGGGUAGCGGCAACGAAGGAGCUGACGAAGAGAGCGAGACAAGCUCGAACGCGGAGGAAGAGGGCUCGGAAACCCAGGACGUCAGCCAGAGCGACGAGCAGGCGGCGAGCGGCGGUGUAUCAACACCACAGUUCGUCGAAACCAAAAAGCCAACUACCAACGGCACGUCGAGUGCGUCCUCGGAAGCUGGGGAGAGCACGCAGGGCCGCAGCCUCUUUGACCGCAUCACUCGAGAUCCCGCUGGCCAGCCGCCCAACACCUCGUUUGGUGGGGGGUCGGGUUCGAUUUUCAACUUCGGAGGGUCAUCCCAGCCGAGCGGUGCUCCAGUUUUCUCGCAGAAUCCCCCCGCAGCGACAUCCAUCUUCGGCAAUAGUCUAGCUCCCGGUGGGGGAACCUCUACAGGUACAAACACCCCUUUUACAUUCGGCGGAGCUUCAAGCUUGGCAACCACGCCGGCGGCGUCUACCCCGGAGCCGUCUGCCAAUGCUGAAGAUGGUCAAGGAACAAACGCUGACGGGGAUGACGCACCACAGGAGCAAAUUUCGCUAAUCGCCGGCGGGCCGGGCGAGGAGGACGAGUCCGCCGUCCAUGAAGUGCGGGCCAAGGCGGUAAAGCUCGUCACGGGCAUCGACUCGGACGACGAGUCCGGCUCCAACGCGGCCAAGGCCAAGAACAAGAGCCCCUGGAAGGUUCAGGGCGUUGGGCCCCUGCGGUUGCUUAAACACAAGACCACAGGCGCGGUGCGGAUGCUGCUGCGGGCGGAACCGCGCGGCCAUGUGGCGCUCAACAAGGCGGUGCUGCCCGAUUUUACCUACAAGGCCGACAACAAAUAUGUGAAGGUAACGACGGCGUCGGAUGACGGCAAGGGCUUGGAAACGUGGAUGCUUCAGGUCAAGACGCCUGCGGCGGCGCAGGCUCUUGCCGAGGCCUUGGAAGAGCACAAAAAGGCAAAUAAGAAGUAA